GUUAGCAUUCUCCACAAUACAUUAUACAUACAAUCACCAAGCUUAAUCUAAAAUGAAUUUUCGUGUUUUUAUCAUGUUUUCUUUCCUAGUAUCUCUCUCUUGUGCUACUAUUAUUUCCGACUAUUGUGUUGGAGACUUGAGCCAACCAGAUGGUCCGGCAGGAUACCCUUGUAAGGACCCUGCUAAAGUCACAGUUGAUGAUUUUGUUUAUUCUGGUUUGAGAGUGGCUGCUAGCAGCGCGAACCCUUUCAAAUUUGGUGCAAAUAAUGCUACUGUUACCCAGUUCCCGGGUUUGAAUGGUAUGGAUAUUUCCAUAACACGGGCAGACUUGGAUGUAGGCGGGGUUGUACCAUUGCACACACAUCGUGUGGCCGAGCUAAUCAUAAUAAUACAAGGAACGGUAAUUGGAGGGUUUAUUGACACGAAAAACACUGCAUACUAUAAAACUUUAAGCAAGGGAGACAUAAUGAUCUUCCCACCAACACUACUACACUUCCAAAUUAAUGUAGGAUCAACACCGGUUCUUGCAUAUGCUACUUUCGCUAGUGAAAAUCCCGGUUUCCAGGCAGUGGAUCUCGCUUUGUUUCGAAGCAGCCUACCUUCGGAACUUAUUGAGAAGGUUACUUUGCUGGAUGAUGCACAAAUCAACAAGUUAAAGAAAUUGUUGGGUGGCACUAAUUGAUCAAUUAAAUUAUUUGUGCCUUUUGUAUUUGGAAAGAAAAAGAAAUUGAUCAAACUUUAGUUUUAUUUCUUUCACGCUUAAUUUUUGUAAUUUCUGUCCAACGAACUAACGUCCAUUAUUCUUGAUGACUGAUGGAGUUUAUUCUUAAUGUUUUACUAAUGGCUUUCUUUGUUUUGA